GGAGGAGUCAGCCCCCCCGACGCAGCGCAGGCAGAUGACAGCAGAAGCAGCAGCAGGCUGUGGUCACACUCAUCUCUCUCUCUCUCCCUCCCUCCCUCCCUCCCGCUCUCUCGCUCUCUCAAUCUCAAUCUCUCUCCCUCCUUCACUCUCUCUCUCUCUCUCUCUCUCUCUCUCACUCACGCGCACGCACGCAAGCUUUCACACUGCAGCAGAAAACAGGCAGGCAGGAGCGAUCAUUCAUCCCGGCUUUCCUCCACCACCUCCUCCCGCUCCCGCUCAGGCACCGCGGAGCGACAGAGAGAUUCCGCCGCAGCGUGGGAGAGAGAGAGUCUGGCGUCCGCUGCGCGAGGGAGGCUCACUGACGGACUACCUGACUGAAGGAACGGGCUGCCUCCUCUCCUCUCCUCUCCUCCUCUCCUCCUCCGCUCCUCUCCCCCUCUCGGAGCGUCUCAGCGGCCGAGCAGCCUGACGCGGGACUCGCCCCCCGCCGCCUGCGUUUCUCCCCCCGCUCCUCUGACCUCCCCGUGCGUCUCCUGGCGGAGAAGGGAGGGUCGUGUGUGCGCGUGUACGUGCGUGUGUACGGCCCCGAGGCCCCGCCGGUUCCUCCUCGUCCUCCUCUGCCCUUUCGGCCGCCGUCCUCUCCCGCUCCCCCGGCCGCUCCUCCCCCCCGCUCCGCUCCGCGCUCGCUUCUUCCUCCUCCGUGUUCCCACGAUGCCCUGCUCCACGCCCCUCUGCUAGGCGGCAGCAGCAUGGACCGUGAUUUGGCGGGGACAGCCACGACGGAUUGGUUCGGUACCCUGCGGACGGGCAUGCUGAGUACCCCUGCCGUAAAUGGGCGAGGACGUUGACACCCGAAAAAUCAACCACAGCUUUCUCCGGGACCACAAUUAUGUGACAGAAGGGCUACUUGUGGCUAAGCCUUGGUGCCGAACGCAGCUGAACUCAGCCCGGGCCCUUAGGCGCCUCUCUCCUGGACUUCGCCCCCCAGGAUGUUGAAUACCAUCCAGGUCCUGUGCUCCGACAUCGCCUCGCUCUCUCUGGAGGCCAAGCAGUUUGCCAGUUACACAGAAGCUGAUAUCAUUUCCACAGUAGAGUUUAACCAGACGGGGGAACUGCUCGCGACCGGGGACAAGGGGGGUCGAGUGGUCAUCUUCCAGAGGGAAACUGAGAGUAAGAAUGAGCCUUACUGUCCGGGAGAGUACAACGUGUACAGCACCUUCCAGAGCCACGAGCCUGAGUUCGAUUACCUGAAGAGCCUGGAGAUCGAGGAGAAGAUCAACAAGAUCCGCUGGCUCCCGCAGCAGAAUGCCGCACACUUCCUGCUCUCCACCAAUGAUAAGACCAUCAAGCUAUGGAAGGUGAGCGAACGGGACAAGAGGCCCGAGGGCUACAACCUGAAGGACGAGGAGGGCCGGCUGAAGGACCUCUCCACUGUCACGUCCCUGCAGGUACCGGUGCUGAAGCCCAUGGACCUGAUGGUGGAGGUCAGCCCCAGGAGGGUGUUCGCCAACGCCCACACCUACCACGUCAACUCCAUCUCCGUCAACAGCGACUGCGAGACGUACAUGUCCGCCGAUGACCUGCGGAUCAACCUGUGGCACCUGGGCAUCACCGACCGGAGCUUCAACAUCGUGGACAUCAAGCCGGCGAACAUGGAGGAGCUGACGGAGGUGAUCACGGCGGCCGAGUUCCACCCGCACCACUGCAACCUGUUCGUCUACAGCAGCAGCAAGGGCACUCUGCGUCUGUGUGACAUGAGGGCGUCCGCCCUCUGCGACAAGCACUCCAAACUCUUCGAGGAGCCGGAGGAUCCCAGUAACCGGUCCUUCUUCUCCGAAAUCAUCUCCUCCGUCUCCGACGUCAAGUUCAGCCACAGUGGGCGGUACCUGCUCACGCGGGAUUACCUCACGGCCAAGGUGUGGGACCUGAACAUGGAGAACAAGCCCAUCGAGACCUACCAGGUUCACGAUUAUCUCCGGAGUAAGCUCUGCUCCCUGUACGAGAACGACUGCAUCUUUGACAAGUUUGAAUGUGCCUGGAAUGGGACCGAUAGCGUGAUCAUGACCGGGGCCUACAACAACUUCUUCCGGAUGUUCGACCGGAACACCAAGCGGGACGUGACGCUGGAGGCGUCGCGCGAGAGCAGCAAGCCUCGCGCCGUGCUGAAGCCCCGCCGCGUCUGCGUGGGCGGGAAGCGCCGCAAGGACGACAUCGCCGUGGACAGCCUGGACUACACCAAGAAGAUCCUGCACACGGCGUGGCACCCCGCCGAGAACAUCAUCGCCAUCGCCGCCACAAACAAUCUGUACAUAUUCCAGGACAAGGUCAACUCGGAGAUGCACUAACGCAGAGAGCCUGCAGGAGUGCGCCAGGCCGGGGCCGGACCC